CCUCCUCCGGCACCGCCAAUGGGCGGGCCGCCUUCACAGGCGCCGGCCAAACUGCCCAAGGUGACUCCAGAUAGAGACGCACUGCUUGGCGACAUCCGCAAGGGCAAAGCCCUCAGAAAGGCUAUCACCAACGACCGGUCGAAGCCCAUGGUCGGUGGCCUUGUGGAAUCCGCCUCGUCUUCCCCAGCAAUGAGCACCCCCAGCGCGCCAGCUGUGCCCUCUGCGCCAGCAGUCCCGGUCGGAGUGCCGCAAUUGGGCGAUAUCUUUGCCGGUGGAAUGCCUAAACUCAGACACAGAGGUGACACCGCUAAAGCGUCGGCAGCCCCAGCAACACCGGCGGUGCCCUCGGCACGCCCCAGACGCGACUCCAAAAGCAAGAGUGCGCCUCCCGUCCCGGGAAUUGCGCCUCCAGUGCCAGCAGCACCUGCGUCCUCGGCACCUCCUGUUCCUGGCCCACCGCCGCCAAUACCCUCGUCUGCGGCUCCGCCGCCGCCUCCCAUGCCUUCCUCAACGGCACCGGCGCCUCCUCCGCUUUCCUCUUCGGCUGCUCCGGCACCUCCCUUGCCGCCCACGUCUGCUCCUCCCCCACCUUCGUCAUCAACAGUUCCUCCUCCACCACCAAUUCCAUCUGCCCCAGCAACACGCCCACAGAACACCCCUUCCGGGCUGUCGAAACUGCCUACUCCGGCUGCCACCUCUGCACCUUCUCCGGGCGCUCUUCCGUUCCUAGCAGAGAUCAACGCCAGAAGAGACGACUCGCACGUUGUCAGCGAGGAGGACAUAAAGAUAGCAAAACCACCGCAGCAACAGGCCCCUGCCGUGCCCUCCAUGGCCGCGCCGCCAGUACCGGCUGCUCCCAAGGAGCUGGAUAAGAGUCCAGCCGUGCCUCCCGCCCCGCCUACCCCUGCAGCAGCACCUCCGGCGCCGCCAGUGCCUGGCAUGCCAAAAUCAUCGGCCCCACCUACGCCUCCGCCAGCACCUCCAGCACCUCCGGCACCUCCACAGCCACCUGUUCCUGCUUCCACAGCACCAUCUCCUCCUUCUGCGUCCGCUGCUUUGCCGACUCCACCGCCUCCUCCAGCUCCUGCACCGCCAGCGCCGGCCCCCCCCUCGCCGACGUACACUCCAUCUGUGGAACCGACGGCCGCGCCGGCACCCCCAAAAGUGUCUGCUCCGGCGGUGCCAGUCACGAAAAAAGCUCCACCGCCACCUCCACCGUCAGCAGAGUCCAAACACAGAUUCACGUUCUCGCGCUCGAAAGUGUCCGACGAGAGCAAAAUCAACACCCAGCAGGCGGUCGGGUCGGACUUGCGCAAGAUCGACGCCUCGAUCUACACCAUCGGCGCUCCGGCCACCUCGACGAGGAUCCAGAUCGACGAGUCGCGGUUCCACUUCACAAACGAGACAGACCUGCCAAAACCAAGACGUUUCGAAAACAAACAGAAACUAUACCCAUCCGGGAGGGGCAGCUCGGUGCCGCUCAACCUUUCUCUCUACACCUGAUGUAUUAUCCCU